GGCCAUGCCAAAACUUCGAAGACAGCUGAAGAAGAGAAGCUUGCAUACAAGCAGUUCUUGGAUAUGAUCGAGAAUGCUGAAAGAGGAUUAAAUUCUGCAGAGGAAGGGCUUCAAGUGCUAUACAAAGCAAAGAAAUCGACGAUCGCUGGUCAGGCCCUUCCAGCUCUGGAGGUGGUCAGGAGAGAGCAGCACAUGGAAGAUACCCUCGCUAAGGCUGGAAUCGAAGUGGCUGCACUGGUUUCGGCUAAUUAUGCAGACAAAUUGGACUAUAAAGCUGCAAUGCAACCCACUAUUUCGCUCACAGAAUCUGUCAGGAGCGUUGUUAAUGAUGGCAGCGCAAUCUGUACCACCAUGUCCGAUGAGGCUCGCAAGAAAUUCUUGGAAGAUAUGAUCGGUCUCUGCCAGUCGACCAAAAUUCUCUGUGACACCGCCAAGUCUGAGAAGGAAAAACUGAACGAUGCAGCGAUAGUAUUCGGAGACCAGUCCGUCAAAUUGUUACGUGUAGUCAGCUCUAAUGUAGAUCCUGCCCUGGAGAAGGAGGCGAUAUCGCGAGCUAAAGCUAUAGGUGAUGCUGCAUCCAGGCUGGCUCUGGAAGCCACGAGCUUGGCCAGUAGCACUAGUGAGGCUAACAAUCCCGGGACCGCGGAUUCUCAAGUCCGAGACAUUUGUGCCGCUGGUACUAGCUGCGUUGAUUCUGCUGGGAAGCUAGUCUAUACUGCCAAGCUCAUCGCGCCCACAAUACACCACGAGACGUGCCAGGAUGCCCUGGUAUCCUCAGCAGACCACUUAUCAUCAUCCCUCACCACGUUCACAAACACCCUGGCUCCUCUUGCUUCCACCCAGCAGCAUAACGUCCAAAAACUGUUGGGAGAAGCUGCUUAUCUUGAGAAGCUGGUAGAGAAGUUGAGGAAGGAUACAAGAGCUGGUAGACUUGGAAAGAGGAGGGAGGUAGAUCCAAUUGCAGACUUGGACUUCCCAUUGAGAAACUUGACUGAGAGGAUCAUUGACAAUGCUAAGAAUAUGGUACGAGACGAUACCAUCAGCUCGCAGAUGAAGAAAGAGUAUACUGAUUACUGUAGUAAUCUGGAAGAGGCUCUGCGCGCCCUGGACCUGGCUAAUGCGCGGUACCAACGAGCUCCUCAUGACAAAAACAAACGCGAAGAGUUUGAAAUAGCGAUAGACGAGCUGCAGAUGACGGUGUUGCAGUCCAGACCUUCGAAAGCUGGACAGGAACAGAACAAUAUUGUGGACUUCAGGGACUUCUUGCAAGACCUUGUAAAUGAGGCUGGAGAUCUUCAGAAGAUAGUAAGAAAGAAUGAGGGUCCUAUAGGGAAGAGGACAAGUGAGGACAUCAAAAUGCUGUGCAGUAAGAUUAGUGAGGAUGCGACAAGGUUGUUGAACCCGAACGAAAACUUUGGUGAAAGUGUCCACGUCAUGAAUACCGUCGAUGAUAUCCUUGAUAUCGACCUGUUUGGGCAGGAGUGUGAUAAUCUGGUGAAGGAGAUAAAUAACUCGAUUCAAGGAGUCCAGGAUCAGAAGACGAGACAGGAGCUCCUAGCCAAGUCACUGCCAAUGUUGGAGAGCUGCCAUUUGCUAAGAUUUGCAACGAAGAGUCAUAUAAUGGCGACUCAGAGCUCAGCGUUUAAUGAGACUCUUCAGAACCUGGACCAUUUCAAGAGUACCACAAUGAGAGCUUUGGCUGAGGAAGCUGCCAAGAAGAGCGUUAAGCAAACCAAGUCGUACCGGAGUUCGCUGGGCGAGCAGUGCUGCGUGGGGCGCGCGCGGUCCCGGCUGGUGCGUGCGGGGCAGCGCGCGGCGCGCGGGGAGCCGCGCCACGUCCUGCGCGCCCUCACGCACGUCGCCGUGGCCGGCGCUGCCCACAAACGCGCCACGCUGCCAGACCCACACACGAACAAGGAGCUAGCCGAGAAACCCUUGGAAUUGUCCGAAGAAACCACCGAAGAGCCUAUUACGAAUAAAUACAUUCAAAACUUGGACAGGAUAGUGACAAGCACACAGGGGAUCAUGUGUCCCUACGCAUUUAGUUAUAAGUCAGACACUUACGAACCGAACCUGAAAGUAAAGAAAUAUAUAAAGGAAAUAAGUGACCUGGAAUAUGAUCUCCAUCCAAGGAAGCUCUCGACCCAAGUACUGAAUAGUGACGACAUCGACAAGCUACUGCUAUGCCCUCGAGAACCAGUAGAAGGCACUCCCAAGCAGCUGGAGGAGAAGGUGCAGCAGCUGUCGUCGAAGCUGAGCUCCAUGGGCGGCGCCGUGUUGCUGGGCGCCGCCAGCGCCGCCAGCGCCGGCAGCGUGGCCAGCCUGCCGCGCAGUCUGCGCGCCGCCACGCAGGCCGCAUUACAACUCGCCAACACCGCCCGCGCACUAGCCGAUGCCAAGAAACCAGCUCAAUGUAAAAUGAUCGAGGAUGCUGCCCAUGAGAUGUGUUUCUCCACCUACAGCCUGCUGAAGACUUCUGAACUAGUCUAUCAGGAACCAAAUCAUCACGACUCUAAGAGGAAGCUGCUGGAAGCUUGUCGUCAUCUCAACGACUCUAUUAACAAACUGGUGCGAAGUACGGGUGCAGGGCAGAAGGUCACAGUAGUGCGAGCCUGCGGUGAGGCCGCUCGAGGCCUGGCACUGCACCGGAGCAUGCUGCAAGCUGCGCCGAGGCCCGCCGGGGCCACGUCAUACGCACUCAGCGUACACACCAUGCAGUCCCAACGAGAUGUGCUCAAUAAACUGAACAGCGAUGAGGCGAUGUCCCGUGAAGAGUUUUUGAAGAAUAUGAACUACGCUGUGACUGCUGUCAACAAUAGUGCGGAGUGCGCCGCCCAGGCAGCAUAUCUGAUAUCAGUAUCAGACCAAGAUAAGUCUAUUGGUCUGAACGGCCCAGUAGACGUUGGCAAGUUACACAACGCUGUCCACGCGGUCGAAGAUACCUGCAUCUCUAUCAUCACUACUAAUGAUGAUAUACAGAUCGCUGAAGAGAAGAAGGUUCUUAAAAGCCAAGUAAAGGAUCUGGAGGGCAGCAUGAGAGACGCCAUUGAGAAGACCAAGGAAGGAGAGCUCAAAAAUAUGCUGAAAGAAUGCACUAAGGACUUGCUGGACUCUCACCAAAGGCUGGACAAUGAGCAAGACCUAGGAAACAAGGACAAAUUAAUAUCAAGGGUAGCGGAUUUGAUGCACGAUGUGAGCAAUGUAUCCUCCUUGCUGGAACACCCGGACCUGGUGCCCGUCGCCACCAACAUCUCUGCUGAUACCCAGAAACAUGUCGAUGAGAUUGUCAAGAACUCACUUACGCUCCUGUCAAAUACGGAAGACCUGGUGAAACAAGUGAAAGCGGCCCCCGAGGAGCCGGAGACCAUGAAAUGGGUGAUGUUUAACAAGAGAAAGGAUGUACUGGACGCCUUCGAGAACCUUCUUAGGAGUGUCAAGACUAGUGGACAACGCGUAAAUCUUCUGGAAGCUGCUGUCGAAGAACCAGAGGAAGAGAAAAAGAGCUAUGUUGAAAUACAAUUCGACUUAGCAUCCAAAUGGCUUUCGAAGCCAAUGUGCAAGCCGGAUGUCAAGACGAAGGGACAGGAGGCAGUUCGAAACCUCAUGGAAGUCGCUAAUAAGGUGGCAGAGGAUCUGCCAGGCUCUGACAAAGAAGACAUGAGGAAUCUGCUAAUGGAAACUGAACAACUGUUGAAGGAUUGCAGCCAGAAAUACGACCAGGAGCAGUACAGUGUGUUGUUGGAGCGUGUCCGCGAGCUAAAGAAGGGGGUGUCGCGAGGAGUUGUCUCCAAGCUGGUGCAAGACUUUAUGCAGGCUGAGGAACCACUCGCUGACCUUGACCUCAUUGUUGAUUAUGAAAAAGACGAGUCCAAACGCAAGUUCAUGCUGGAGAAGAAGAUAGCAGAACUACUGGCACAGCUCGGCAGGGUGACCAGUACUGCGCGCCUCGUCGCACACACACAUGCACACCGCGCUGAUGACAUCAACGCCUGCAGUCAACAGACCGAGUUGCUGGCUCCAAUGCUUGUGAAAGCGGCACAGGAAAGGAUUGAGCGUCCUGACGACAAGGCCGUAAUAGAGAAUUAUAAAUCGCUGCUCGCCAAAUAUGCGGAGUCCAUGUCCAAGAUUCGAGACCUGUGCGACCAGUCGGUUGACCCUAUGGAGUUCGUGCAGACGGCUGGUGAGACGAUAGAGCGCAUGCGCGAGGAGUCCACACACAACGACCCGCAGCACAACGCACACAAGUCAGCCGCCAUCACCAAACUGGCGAACCGCGUGAUCCACGUGGGCCUGUCGUCGAGCACGGCGCGGCGUGACCCCGAGCUGCAGCGUGCGCUGGGCGCGGCGCAGCAGCAGCUGGCGGCCGCCGCGCCCGCGCCCGGCGCACGCGCAUCACGCCUGCCUGACUUCAACGACACCACGGCUAGGAUUCUGCAAGCUACAGAGGAAGUGGAGUCAUUACUGUGUGGAGAAACAAUAUUUAAACAACAGCCAGCUCAGGACCAACCCAUCUUUAACGAGGCGAUGAACCUGCACGUGGCUAUCCGCGACUGGUCGUCACGUGACAACGAGAUCGUGGCUGUCGCCAAGCGGAUGGCAGUACUCAUGGCGAAACUCUCCAACUUCAUGAAUAAUGAUAAGCAACGCGAAGUGUUGGUGACUUCAAAAUCGAUUGUGUCGGAAUCCCACGAGGUGGCGCGACUUGCCAAGAAACUUGCGCACGAGUGUACCGACCAUAGGAUCAAGACGAACUUGCUGCAAACCUGCGAGAGGAUCCCUACCAUCAGCGGCCAGCUCAAGAUGUUGACUACUGUCAAAGGAUUCUCACUCGGAAGACACGGUACUCAAGAAGAUAAGGAAGCGAUGGACAUGCUUGUGGGCAACGCUCAGAGUCUCAUGUUAAGUAUACAAGAUGUAGUGAAAGGCGCAGCGAGUGCUUCAGUGAAGAUAAUGUCACAACGCGGCCCUCGCAUGAAGUGGGUCCGUAAGACUGUCUACUGACCACCCUAGUAAUAACACAUCGUUAUAUUAAUAUACAA